AGCAGGCAAGGUAGAAGUGAGAAGUGCAGAACAACUCACAAGCGACACAUGUUGGGGCAGCAACGUACAUUAGUUUCGCUUGUUGGCAAUGGUCCUUGUACGCCAGGUGCAGUGUGCUCGCAUAGCGUUGCCGCGCGACCACGACCCACUGCGCUCGUGCGUUGCCUGUCUCAAAUCUUCUUCCCGUUGGCUCGCACGCGGUCAGGUGGAACCUGCCGGACGACAACAAAAUGUAGACACUUUUCUAUAACACCUGUAAGAGCAGAACGAAGAAAUAGUAAACCCGCGGAUGAGGAACAAAGGGCGACAGCACCAGCGGAGAGCGUCGAAAGGAUCAUGAAUUUCGAACAUGAAUUUCAAGGCGCAGAGCGACCCCAUUCAUCAACAAGAACAAAUCCGGAAACGCGAGAAUGCAACUCCUCUGUUGUCGGCGGGGGAAGUGGAAGUGCAAGUUCAAACCCUUCAUCACCAUCCACACAUUCGAAUACUCCAUCAACAUCCAGGUCGUCCAUUAACAAAUCCAAAUCGCACGCCGAACAAAAAAAUGGAACCCGAACCCCCGAUCAACGCGAUGAACUCUCCGACGGUAGCCGCGCAUUGACUCCCCCCAGUCCUUACGCGAAGCGUGGGAAAGUGUUUCGUGUGUUUGAGGAGAAAGGAUUUGGGUUCGUGCAGCCUGUAGAAUUUUUCGAGAAUACAACACCGAAGGCGAAGGCACUCACGCAGACUCAGUGGGAGGACGUGCCAGAUUCAGCAACAGCCCUAGCAGCUGCCACAGGAAAAACUACCACUAGCAACGGAGGAGUCCUGUCCCGACAUUUUGUUCGCCAAAAUGACAGUGACAAUCUGUAUUUCAAUCUUUCCGAGUGUGUCGAUCGGAAAGUCAAGAAAAACGACCUGAUCUGGUACGAGGAAGCUCCGAACGCACGCUACGGUAUGAAAAACAUUGCCGUGCGGAUUAUCGGCGGCACGGGACAGGAAAGGAAAGUUCGAGGGAAGUACGGACCGAAGCAGGAUCCGAGGAUUUAUAACUCGGCCGACAAGAACGCGGACGAGCUGUCGGAAGCGGAAUUAAAAGCCCGCGCGCUUGCGGAAGCGGAGUCUCGACUGUCGUUUCAGCUGGGCCGCGCUGCAUUGCUGGCGGACGCCACCGCGGAAAAGGACAAGAAGGGUGUAGGGAGGAGGAAGAGGUGAUAGUAGGAUGUUGACGCUUGUUGGUUUCUGAACGAACCAGGGGAAGCAAGUCGAGAUCAAAAAGUGAAGUAGAACUCAGGUAACAUAGCAUGUCGUAUGAGUGUCGUUGUGAAAUAAAUUGUUUGCUGCACGACGAGCAGCUGCAGCUGGUCCUGCUAGAGUAU